AUGUCGUCUUUCACCACUAUCCCUUGUCCUAAAUGCCUCUCUUUUCACCAUUUGGGUUUGAGUUCUCAGACCCAUUCAGGACGUAAUGUGCAGUUGGGGUUCAAGAAGUCUCAGUUUUUUGGAUCUGUGAGUUGUGAUUUGGUGUCAAAUGGGAUUCAGUGCCUCGAAAGGAAGCAAAUUUCUGUCUGGAAGUCUCAAGCACUCCCUAACGAGGCUGCUACUAUUGAAAAUUCUUCAAAUUCUGCACCUGUAUUGGUCAAUGAACCUAACGAUGUUGCUUCACCAAAAGAGAAAGAUAACCAAAACGGGAAACCCUCCGGUCCAACCACUUCUACGGAUGAAUCUUCAGUUUCCACAUUUAUGAAUCAAGUUUCAGAGCUUAUUAAACUUGUGGAUUCAAGAGAUAUUGUGGAGCUGGAACUUAAGCAAGCUGGGUAUGAGCUCAUGAUAAGGAAAAAGGAAGCUUUGCAGCCUCCACCGGUGCCACAGCAGUCGUUUUCCUAUCCAGCAUAUCCUUUUCAUCAAGCACCACCACCAUCUAUUGCUACUUCUGCUCCCGCAAGUGCUCCACCUGCAAAAGCAGCUCUGGCUUUGCCUGCAAAAUCUAGUGCAUCAUCUUAUCCACCGCUUAAGUGUCCAAUGGCCGGAACUUUCUAUCGAUGUCCUGCACCUGGUGAACCACCAUUUGUCAAGGUGGGAGAUAAAGUGCAGAAAGGGCAGGUUAUUUGCAUUAUUGAGGCUAUGAAACUGAUGAAUGAAAUUGAAGCUGAUCAAUCAGGAACAAUAGCUGAGAUUCUGGUAGAAGACGGGAAACCAGUCAGUGUAGACCUGCCUCUUUUUGCAAUUGUACCAUGA